AAAAGGAGUAUUUAAAUGAAGAUGUGAAUGGAUUCAUGGAAUAUUUAAGACAAAACUCACAGAUGCUUCACAAUGGUGAGGUGAUAGCAACAGACAGUCAGAAAGUAAGGGAAGAAAUUGAAGUUGCUUUAAAGAAAGAUAGUCGCCGGGAAGGAAGACGAUUAAAAAGACAAGCAGCAAAGAAAAAUGCAAUGGUAUGUUUCCAUUGUAGACAACCUGGCCAUGGGAUUGCAGAUUGCCCUGCUGCCCUUGAGAAUCAAGAAAUGGGCACGGGAAUUUGUUACAGGUGUGGAUCCACAGAGCAUGAAAUAACCAAGUGCAAGGCUAAAGUAGACCCAGCUCUUGGUGAAUUUCCUUUUGCAAAAUGUUUUGUUUGUGGGGAAAUGGGGCAUCUGUCCAGAUCUUGUCCUGAUAAUCCCAAAGGACUCUAUGCUGAUGGUGGUGGCUGCAGACUUUGUGGCUCUGUGGAACAUUUGAAGAAAGAUUGUCCCAAAAGUCAGAACUCAGAUCGAAUGGUCACAGUUGGUCGCUGGGCAAAGGGAAUGAGUGCAGACUAUGAAGAAAUUUUGGAUGUGCCUAAACCACAGAAACCCAAAACAAAAAUACCUAAAGUUGUUAAUUUUUGAUGAUUAGUACUGUUGUUUGUUCAACAUUCUGAACUGGGCCUGCUUCACAAGUUGGAGCUGGACUGUCCCUUGGAGGCCUGUAUUAUAGAUAUCAGUAUAAUUUAGGUGUGGUCAAACCAGUUCCUGAGUUCUGUCCAUCAAGGGGCACUUCUCACAUUGCUUAUAGCAGAUCACCGAAAAAAAGUAUAAGAUGUUUAAAAUGGAUUUUCUAAAAGAAUAUAUUUUUGACCGAUAGAACUUAGGUGUAACUAAGUGAUUAUAUACCUGAUUGUAACAAUCAUUUUUUUCUUCAAAACAAAAUUAUGCAUUAAUAUGAACUAUCCCUAAACAUAGGGUAACUGCUUUGCAUUUGGAAAUGAAUUUGUGGCCCUGUUGUUGGUUCAAAGUAUCAAUUUAUCAUUAUGUUAGAAAUUUUUUUAUAAUUGCCACAAAAUGUAUUUUUAAAAUAUUAAAUAAAAAUUGAUUUGCUAUUUACCUA